CAUUCAUAUGUUUUUAAAGAAUAAACCGUGUCUUAUCUGCUUCACUAAUAGUGGAAAUACUAGAAACCAAACUUCUUGUUGCUUAACUGGCUGCAAGGCCGAAACGCGUUGAAUUAUUUCUCCAAUAAAGAGCUUCAAUAGGAGUCAGAUGUCAUAUUAUAUUCUGAGUUUACACGUUAUUCUCCGUCUGCACGCAUGCUCAGUGUCUCAGUUGAGCUGAUUCACAUCAGCAGCGGCGUUGGAUAUCAACCGGUCCGACAGCACAUGGAUCCCCAGUGAGAAGAGCGAUCACUCCGGCCAGGGGGUGUACAAGGUGUGUGAGGUGUGAUGGCACUGUGCUCUGAGGCCUGUGUCUCCAGCUCAGGAGGAGAAUCCUCUGGGAGUGAGGCAGGUUCUAGCUGCCUUCAGUUUGGGGUUCGUUCCUAUCUGCACCACUUCUAUGAAGAGUGCUCCUCCUCCAUGUGGGAAAGAGACCCGGAGGAUCGCGGGUUCGUCCAGAGCCAGAGGUCAACCCUGUGGUGGAACUCAGCUGCGUGGAAGGUGUCCUUGGCCCUAGGUCUCCUGAUCAUGACUGCAGGUAUUGCCAGUGUGUCAGUCGGUUACUCCACUCCCCAUAAACUUGAGUCUUUUGGAGAGGGAGACCUGUUCUUCGUGGACACCCAGGCCAUAAGCUUCAACAGAAGGCUGCACUUCACCACUGCAGCCGGGAUCGGGCUCUCCAGUCUCGGCUUGGCCCUGGUGGUGAUUGGGAUUGUUGUUUGGAUCCUCCCUGUAUCCAAACUCAAAGAAAGGCUGUUCCCCAGAGCAGGGGAAGGGACACCUAGAGGAGAGUCAGGGUUAAAGUGGAGGGUUCCCGGGGAUGUGGUCACUAAGCCACCAGGUAUAGAGGAGGGGAAGGUACCAGUAACAUUGUCAAAAGUGGAAAAUGUGCAGCCCACUUCUUAAAAAAGAUCCCUGCUGAGCUACAUGGUGUACAGGCUUUUGUUCUAGUCCUGGGGCCUCAUUAUCCUGGCAUUGUUUUUUUUUUGUAUCUGUUAAAGGAACCAAGUGUCAUUUUAGCAUACCUGACCUGACCUGAAUAUUACAGUUAGGCAUUAACAUCUAAUCACUUUAGGAUUUAAAAUCGUGAAAUUUUCACAGCAACACUGAUUCAUUCCCACAGACGCACUGUGAUCAGAGGAACCGUUCAGGGGCAGAGUUAAUCUGCGAGAUUGUUCUAUUCAGAGUUUUUCUUUUGUGAACUUUGAGUUGCAAAUUCAUGUUUUAGACCAGCAGAAGGUCGUCUCUCCAGUGCUGACUGUUGAGGGAAGAGAGAAGCUUGCCAGCUACAGCAGUUCACCGAUUAACCCUGCAAGCAGUCACUACGCAGUUACUACCAUCUAUUUCACAGAGUCAGUAUUUGUUUGUUGCCUGAUUUAAAAUACAGACAAGUUACGUCUGAUGAUUUAAAAGCACAACUUUGAAUAAUAAAUCCAAAUUAAAAUGUCUAACUGAGGCCUCAAGACUUCAACCUGAAACUCUGCAGCUCUCUUAAACAUCUUGUACUACAGUAUAGGGAUAUAGUUGUUGACCAUAGACUGUGUUUGUGCAGUGCACUAGUGUUGUAUUUUAAAGAUACAGUGAGUAAUAUGCACCUCAACACUCAAAGAGCAGAACCCAAAUGACUGAUGGUGGAAUAAUUAUAUGUUUUUACCGCUCACUUGAUAAUGUCAUUGAUAACUGUUUUUUUAAAUAAUUUUUUUUAACUAGUACUGGUACCAGUAGUUACAUAAGGUGACAUUGCAUGACUUACACAGAAAAUCUGUGUCCAUUCACAUACAUAUGUACACACAAAUGGCAGGACAUUCAAAAAAGAGGUUAAGGAUGAAAAAAAAUCAUUAACAAUUCUGAGUCUACAUUUUCACAUACGUCCACUAAUGCUCUGCCUCCUGUGCUCAACACACGCACGGUCACACAAUCACUUGCACUCAUCUGUUCACCUUCACACCCACACACAUGCACAAAUUCGUGCUCCAUUGACAAUAUCACCUAUUUUCUCCCCACUGUAAUCUGGUUCCCUAAUUGCCUGCAAUCUGUGUCUCCAGGCAACAGUUGGGCUUCAAGUGCUCUAUUUUCAACUAUGAACAAAGAGUGAUUGGCCCAGCACUUCCUCUCUCUUUAUUAUCACACCAAUCAGAUUUUUUGUUUACAGCCUUACAUGGCAGUGGCAAGUAAGUGGUGAAGCACUGAGAUGAAGAAUUUGCACUCGCACCUUAAAGGCCAACUUGUUAGAUCAGGCCCUCCAGUUUAGUUAAAUUAAUUUGAAUAAUAGAGCUGCAAGUUAGAAAAAAAAAUGUUCAAAAAAAAUGAAUCCACUGGAUGUUAUUAUUCAUGUUUUAUUGUGUUAUUGGAAAUGAUGAAGAUAAUGGAAUAAAACAGGAUCAAGUGUCACCAGAGUAAAAUAAAUGAGCAAAAUAAAGUUGUGAUCUGCAUA